AAGAGGGUAAUGAAGUACCUGGUUUUGGUAGUUUUUCUUGGCUUUUUGGCCACUCUGUUUGUGGGAUCCACACAGGCUAGCUUUUGCCCCUGCAGUCUCCGGAAGGCGGAGGUGUGCGGAUCUAAUGGCGUCACAUACAAAAAUCGCUGUGAGUUCGAGUGCUCCCAGCGGGAGUACAAAAAGCUCGGCCGGAUCCUAAACAUCCGCAAGCAGGGGCCUUGUUUCCAAACUAAAUGGAAGUAAAAAUAAAGCUUAGCUACGCAAGUCAAAAACAUGUACCACAUUUUAUCCUUGACUGGAGCGGGUGUAUCUCAGCCGCCUUCCCCCUUUUGGCUGAUGUAUCAAAGUUCCAGAGGUUCUUUAAUAAUUUAAUGGCCCUUGCCAAUUGCCACACUGAAGCGUAGCAAGAGCAAUAAAAUAAUCAAUGCAGACACUUA